UUGCCUAACAAGCCGAACAAGCUGUCAAAAGCUGUCAACUGCUCAAGUGUUCGGCACCCACAGCGCCGAACACGCACAAGAAACAAGGAUAAAGCUGUCAACUGCUUGCGUGUUCGGCAUCCACAGUGCCGAACACGCACAAGACUCAAGGCUUUGUCAGAUAUUCCUGGCAAAGAAAAAGUGUUCGGCACUUACAGUGCCGAACACUUAACACUUUUUUUUCACGGGCGCGCAGAGCCACGCGUACUUGCAUGCACAGGCCCGGCGAGACUUUGGCUAAAGUCUCCCCCUUCUCCUUCAUUUUCCCCAGUUUUCAUCAGAAUUUUUUCUUCUCUUCUCCUCUCCAACAUUCUGCUUCUCAUUUCCCUCUCCACAGUUUGCCUUCGCCUCCACCUCCACACCUCAAGUGCACUACGCUUCCACCUCCACUUCGAGCGCACAACGCCUCCACCUCCACUUCCAGCGCACAAAGCCUCCACCUCCACAUCUCCACUUCCAGCGCACUGUAAUCUCCUUCUCCAGCUCCAUUUUGAUCUGCUUCCACCAUUAUCAGAUAUGGAGGAAAGACGUAACCGCCGUGACUGCCGUGAGUAUAUUUUACCGGGUCCCAAUGAUCCAUCGUUGCUAUAUGGACAAGCCGAACAUCGAUCUGAGGCUAUAUGGCAACAAACUAUUGAAAGUGGGCCGAUAGGUUGCAGAAGAACAGGUACAAUUUUACAUUUGGACGAUAUUCCAAAUCAAAUAAUACCUCACCUGCGGCGGUCAGGUUUUUAUGGCGUAAUACGGUUAGGUUUUUUUGCAUUGGAUUGGCACUUAAUUACGGCCCUUGUUGAGCGGUGGCGACCGGAAACACAUACAUUUAUGUUUCCCGAAGGGGAAAUGACCAUAACCCUUCAGGAUGUGGGGCUAAUAACCGGAUUGCCUGUCAAUGGUGCAGCUGUUACAGGGCAAUCACGCCAACAUUGGCCAUCAGUUUGUGAGGCAUUAUUAGGUGUCGUUCCACCUAAUAAUGCCAUAAGAGGGUGUUAUUUGAAAAUGAUAUGGCUAGCAGAGGAGUUUAGUCAACUUCCAGAUGAUGCUGAUGAGGAAGUUGUACAUAGGUUCGCAAGAGCAUAUAUUAUGAGGUGCAUUGGAUCCAUUUUUAGCGACACAUUGCUUCGCGUGUAAACCUAAUGUUUUUACCUUUGUUAGCCGAUCUUGAAAAAGUCAGCAAUUACAGCUGGGGUGGAGCAUGUCUGGCAUGGUUGUAUAGACAGUUAUGUAAGGCGACAAAUCCUGAAGUUAUGCAGAUGGCUGGUCCACUAUUCAUACUUCAGAUUUGGGCUUGGGACCGGAUUACAGCAGUUUCGCCGAUACUGUCUAACAGAGUACCACAUCAUGACGCUCCACUAGGCAGCAGGUGGAGUAAUGCCAGACAGAUAAUAGAGAUUGUCACCCAUGUACUCGUGGAGCUGCGUUAUCAGCUUGAUCGAUUAUUACCCGAGCAGGUAAUUUGGGAGCCAUACACUGAUGCCCUAAUUGAGUCGCUACCCGAAUAUUGUCGCCAAGGACGAGAGAUUUGGAGAGCUGUUGUCCCUCUAAUUUGCUUUCAUAUUGUAGAGUGGCAUCAGCCGGAUCGGGUCAUGCGACAGUUUGGUAUGCAGCAGCAUAUUCCUGCUGAGCCGCAACAAUCUGCUGCACUGCAUGAUGUUGAUUUGCGGAAGAGCGAUACAAACUGGGCAGAAGUGCACUCUCAUUGGAUCGCGCGCUGGAAUACCCGAGAUAGAAGAAUAAUAUCUGGCCCGCCAGCAACAGAGUCACUCCAUUUCCAUUCAGAGUAUAUGGAGUGGUAUCGUAGGGUGUCCAGGCGCUGGAUUUCAAUCAAAGGAGCGGCAAUGGGAACAGGGGAGGAUGGUCUGGAGCAUAUGUACGCUAUUGCUACCAACCCGACCACUGGGAGCAUGACAGCUAUGUGCGACCUCAUACAGUCUGUUUCUUUCUGUAUGAUGGAGGAGAGGCGGCAAACACAAUUGCCAGCUCCACAACCAGCACCUGUUGCACCGCCCAGCAUGGAUGACCCAGAUGACCCGCCUAUUCCAGAUUCCUUUUCACGUGGUAGUAGGGGGAGAACUCGUGGACAUGGUAGGGGCCGUAGAAGGGAUCACACUCAAACAGAACAAGGUGAUAGGGAUGUGCAUCCAAUGCCUCCCCCUAUACAGUAUCAUCGGUCACAAGGAUUACACGAAGAUGCACCAAGCUCAUCUAUUGUGCCACCAAGCUCAUCUCAGGUUCAUGGUGAUUAUUCAACAGAGUCACAAGGAUUACACGAAGAUGCACCAAGCUCAUCUAUUGUGCCACCAAGCUCAUCUAUUGUGCCACCAAGCUCAUCUCAGGUUCAUGGUGAUUAUUCAACAGAUGAUAUUGGUGUGAAGUUGGAAAUAACUGCUAAUAAUGGAAUGGGUUAGGAAAAGACUGAUGUUGUCGGUCAAGCCUUAUAAUUUUAAUAUUUGGCAGAGCUGAGUGGUUUUUUAUAUAUUGAAUUGAUUUUGCCAUUUUUCCAUGUGAAUAACGUUAGGAAUUUGUAAGCUUAUGCUUAUUAUUAAUUCUGUUAUGCUUUA